AGAGAGAGGAAGCUUCAAACUGAAAGUAGUGCAGCCCUCAGCUUCGGAGAAAAGUACGCUGAAUUAGUCCUUUUCAGUCAAGGAUAAUUCAAGUGACACGAAAAAAUGUCUCGCAGAUAUGAUUCCCGGACAACCAUAUUUUCUCCUGAAGGACGCCUGUAUCAGGUGGAGUAUGCCAUGGAGGCGAUCGGUCACGCUGGAACAUGUCUGGGGAUUCUAGCAAAUGACGGAGUGCUGUUAGCAGCAGAGAGACGCAACAUUCACAAGCUGCUGGAUGAGGUCUUUUUCUCUGAGAAGAUCUACAAGCUCAAUGAAGACAUGGCCUGCAGUGUUGCUGGUAUCACAUCAGACGCUAAUGUACUGACAAAUGAACUGCGGCUAAUUGCACAGAGAUAUUUAUUGCAGUACCAGGAGCCAAUACCAUGUGAGCAGUUGGUGACAGCCCUGUGUGACAUCAAGCAAGCCUACACACAGUUUGGAGGGAAGAGGCCGUUUGGUGUUUCUCUGCUGUACAUGGGCUGGGACAAACACUACGGCUUCCAGCUGUACCAGAGUGACCCCAGCGGCAACUACGGAGGCUGGAAGGCAACCUGCAUCGGCAACAACAGCGCUGCUGCAGUGUCCAUGUUGAAGCAGGACUACAAAGAGGGAGAGAUGGCUCUGUCCUCCGCUCUCGCCUUGGCCGUCAAAGUUCUCAACAAAACGAUGGAUGUCAGCAAGCUCUCAGCAGAGAAAGUGGAAAUUGCCACUCUGACUCGGGAAGACGGGAAAACAAAGAUCAAGGUGCUGAAACAGAAAGAAGUAGAGGAGCUCAUCAAGCGGCACGAAGCUGAGGAGGCCAAGGCUGAAAAAGACAAAAAGGAGAAGGAGCAGAAAGAGAAGGACAAAUGAGCAAAAUAGUUAUUUUUUUCCUCACGUCACCAAAUCCUGUAUUGUUUUGUCUUUUACAUUAAAAGUUUGGAAACUGA